CGACAAUUCUUUGCUGCGCUGGGAUAAAAAAAGGGGGCCCGCUGAUGACGGUAAUGGACCACCCUUUUGUCGACCAGCAAGAGAGGCAGCACUCCACAAGGGGAAUUUUAAAGUGCGUCACAGAGUUCUACCGACAGCUGCUCAUGGAAGAGGAGGCAUGGACGUCUGCAAAUAUGGCAGCAGAGCCAGAGCAGGAAGUAUGGAAGCAUAUCCAGAGUCACCUCAGCCUCAACAGCACAUGCAGGAUGGAAGCAGAUGUGACGAGGGAGGAGGUGGAAAGGUCUAUCACUGCCCUGCCGCGAUUGAAAGCACCAGGUUUGGACAGGGUCCCGGUGGAACUAUUCAAGGAUUUUUGUAACUUCUUUGUUACCUUGCUCACAGCGGCCUACAACGAAGCACUUAGAGUCGGAACAUUCCCGCCGGGAUUUGUUGACGGCUAUGUGGUCUUGCUUUACAAGAAGGGGCCGAAGGUGCUAGAGGAGGACCAGUGCACAGGGCGAGUGAGAGCAUUUAUAUCCACAGACUUGGAGAAGGUGUACGAUCGAGUAUGGUGGGAGUUCAUGCUGCAAAGCAUGGCGCAUCGGGGUGUAGGUGGAAUCUUCUGCAGUUGGUUCCGUAGUCUGCUCAGGGGAGCAAAUACUGUCAUGAAGGUGAACGGAGUAAGAUUGAACAGUUUGAGGGUCUCGAGGUUAGAGGGCCUGAAGACACAAUCAAAGACGCUGCAGACAACGGCCUUCGCGGAUGAUACGGGUGCAUCAUUAUGCCGACAAGGAUCUGGGUGUAUUCUGCAAGUAAUCUGGGCCAUGAGUCAACUGGCAGAAAUCAAAAGCAGUGAUGCCCCAGGGGGUGGACCCGCCGGAGGGAUGGGACAUCCCGAGAGUCGAGAAUGGGGCAAGAAUGGCCUUCUUAGGAGCAAACCUGACCCAAGCUACGGAGGGGUGGAACAAAUGGCGAUACGUGCAGUUGCAGCGGUGGCUAGGCUCAGGGCCUGGAGUGCAAAAGGUAGCAUGGGGGUGUUCGGUAAGGCCCUGGUAGUGAAGAACUCGACGUUGGCAACACUGUGGUAUGCGAGGGCAGUGCACAUGCCAGGUAAACGAACCUUCCGGUAUAUCAAACAUGCGAUUCAUGCCCACUUAUGGUCGAACAAUGCGGCUGCUGAAGAUUCAACUUGUAGAGUGGCAUGGGACAAGCUGAUUCAGCCAAGACGGUUCGGGGGCUUGGGAUUGCUGGAUCCGAGGUUCCAGAUCAUAUCCCUCCAAAUUCGCCAAUUAAUCUGGGUCCUGCUGGGGACGAUGGGGGACACAUGGCAAGAAGUUACACGAGCCCACUUGGCAUAUGCACUACAGGUCCCAGAGAAGAUGGUGGAAACAUGCCUGCUGAGUAGCUCUCUGAUAGGUCAUAUUCGCCGAGGCACUGUGUGGUCCACCCAAUUGACUUUGUGGAAAAAGGUGCAGCUGAGAUGCCGGAUGCCAGCAUCCGCUGAUGCAGUUUUCAACCAGCUGUUGUUUGACAACAAAUUCAUAUGCGAUGAAGAAGGCGACCCCUUCCCAUGGCAGGGUCAGCAGGGAGCAUUCGGAUGGAAGUGGGCAGAGCGGGGGGUAUUCAAAGUGGGACAUUUAUGGGACGAGGACCGCAAAGACUGGCGCACAGAUAGUGAGAUGAUGACAAUGCUCGUCGGGAAAGCAUGGAGAAUGAAACGGGUGAGAGAGCUGAGAGAGGUUAUGCCCUCGCAAUGGAUAGAUGUGCCAAAAAAGGACAAGGUGGCACAAGGAGAACGGGUGCGAAUUAAAGGAGUCACCAGGCCAGACAUGGUCUAUAGAGUGGAACAGCCCCCCCAGGAAGAGUGGUUGGACGGCAAACCCCUGAGGAUGUCCCUGGCCGCACAAAGAUGAAUAUUGAAGAGCGGUGCGGAGACUGUAAUGGUAUACGAGCACGGGACGAAGGAACAAGGCCAAUUCUGCCCAUAUAG